GAGAGAAAACAGGGUCUGCAUUUUUAAAACCAUAUUCCUCAGUUGCGUUUUACUUCCACUCAUCUCCUAGAACUGCACAGCAAGCAUCCAUGGCAGCCUCCGCCAACAUCUCUCCUUUGUCUUCUUCAUCGGCACUAUCAAAAUCCGUAUCCAGAAGCCCCUCCUUUUAUCUAAACAAACCUAAAAAAACUCCCUUUUUCAAACCCGUUUCCCAUCUACAGAAACCUCCGUUUGCCAUCUGCUCUAAAAACCCCACCUCUGACUUCUUUUCGACGAACAAAACAGACCCGGAGGAGAAUUUUGUGCUUUCUUAUAGUGAUGAUGGCGAAAAGCUCCGUGAAGAGUGUGGUGUCGUGGGCAUAUUUGGUGAUCCUGAAGCCUCACGGCUAUGCUAUUUGGCCCUUCAUGCGCUUCAGCAUCGUGGACAGGAAGGUGCAGGUAUUGUAGCGGUGAAUAAUAAUGUUCUUCAAUCUAUCACCGGUGUUGGUUUAGUUUCUGAUGUGUUUAAUGAGUCUAAGCUUAGUCAAUUGCCUGGUGAAAUGGCUAUUGGACACGUGAGAUAUUCGACUGCUGGUUCUUCUAUGUUGAAAAAUGUGCAGCCUUUUGUUGCUGGUUACAGGUUUGGGUCUGUUGGGGUUGCACACAAUGGGAAUUUGGUGAACUACAGAGCUUUGAGACAUAUGCUUGAAGAUAAUGGUUCGAUUUUUAAUACUAGUUCUGACACUGAGGUUGUGCUUCACUUGAUUGCUAUUUCGAAGGCCAGGCCUUUCUUUUUGAGGAUUGUUGAUGCUUGCGAGAAGCUUGAAGGGGCUUAUUCGAUGGUGUUUGUGACAGAGGAUAAACUUGUUGCGGUCCGUGACCCCCAUGGAUUUAGGCCUUUGGUUAUGGGAAGGAGAAGUAAUGGUGCUGUUGUGUUUGCUUCAGAGACUUGUGCUCUUGAUUUGAUUGAGGCAACAUAUGAGAGGGAGGUGAAUCCUGGUGAAGUUCUGGUGGUGGAUAAGAAGGAUGGGGUUCAAUCACUUUGCUUGCUGCAUCACCCUGAACCAAAACAAUGCAUUUUUGAGCAUAUCUACUUUGCUUUGCCUAACUCUGUUGUCUUUGGAAGGUCCGUUUAUGAGUCACGACAUGCUUUUGGAGAAAUACUUGCGACCGAGGCUCCAGUUGAUUGUGAUGUUGUGAUUGCUGUGCCAGAUUCCGGAGUGGUGGCUGCUCUUGGUUAUGCAGCCAAAGCAGGGGUGCCAUUUCAGCAAGGGCUGAUCAGGUCACACUAUGUCGGAAGAACUUUCAUCGAGCCUUCGCAGAAGAUUAGGGACUUUGGUGUUAAGCUUAAGCUUUCACCGGUUCGUGGUUUGCUGGAAGGUAAAAGAGUUGUGGUUGUCGAUGACUCGAUUGUGAGAGGAACCACAUCAUCAAAAAUUGUUAGGUUGCUCAAGGAAGCAGGGGCUAAAGAAGUUCACAUGAGGAUUGCAAGCCCACCGAUUAUCGCCUCUUGCUAUUACGGAGUGGACACACCGAGCUCAGAGGAGUUGAUAUCGAAUCAAAUGAGUGUGGAGGAGAUUCGAGAGUUUAUCGGAUGCGAUUCACUUGCUUUUCUUCCAAUCGAUAGUUUGAAGAAGAUGUUGACUAGUGAUUCUCAAACUUUCUGCUAUGCUUGCUUCUCCGGGAAGUACCCAGUCAUGCCAAGGGAGGUUAAAGUGAAAAAAGUUGGUGAUUUCUUGGACGAUGGAUUGAAUGGACCUAUGGAUUCCAUUGAUGGAGGAUGGGUUAAAGGUCCAACAAAUGUCAAUAUCGAGAAAGAAAUCGAUCCAGUUUAUCAACGGAGCAAGAUUUAGCAUUGUUUCAAUCUUUUAUGCGUGGUCAGUGAUAGAUAGUUUUGGUUUCUUUGCUGUUAACAAUCUAAAGCCUAUACAGUUUUGAUUUCUUUGCUGAUGAACAACCCAAAGCUUAUACAAUCAUUUAUGUCCUCAUUUAUGUUUGAUUCAGUAUGUUUCAAUAAUGAAAAGGGAACUAUUUACAAUGAAGUAAGCUUUUUUUUUUUUUAUGUACAAUAUCUGUUAGUUGGCUCCUGUUAUGAUCAAUUCAAGUGAGAAAUAACAUCCAAGAAUUCAUCUUCAUUGCAAGGAAUUGUAACACCUCCCAUCGGAUGAUCGAACCCGAACUCUUCUUCGGCUUUGCUUAACAAACCUUGAAACAAAGGUUGAUUCAAG